CCUCUGAGUUUGUUUACUUGUUUUGCGUGGAGGGAGAAGACACUACGGACAAAGAUCGGAGUAAACAAACUGGGGCUGAGAGUCGCUCCGAAGCGUCAGACCUCACUGGGUCAACAACACACGUCAUUUAAAGGGGAGAUGGCCGCGUCACGUGACCGGCUCCGCUUCCUGUUUACCGCCCGAUGCACCUUCACACCGUAGCACACACAUUGCGACACCGCUGUCGACUGCCGGGGCUUUCGUCCACAACAACAGAAGCUGCACCGCGGGGCCGCUGUCAAAGGGUGGACUGCUGGACAACUUUAGUUCGUUCGUCGUCGUGGUUACCAAGGAGACAUGAAGACGUGACAUUGAGGAAACGUGCUCAGGCCAGGAAAGAUCCUGCAGAGAUCCGGACUCCAGGUUCCCGGAGUUCAGUUACAGGUUCUCCCGAUGUCACAAACGAAUACUAAACUGUGCUAAUGUGGCGGGGAUAUAAUAUAUAAUAAUUAUCUCAAAUGACUCUACCGGGGGGUUUGACUUAGUGGAAACCAGCAGUCUACCUCCUGUUAUCUGAGCUAGCCUUUUAGCUAGUCGUGCUAGCCCCGCUAGCGGCAGCAGCAGCCGGGCUGUGCGGGCUGGCUCGCGGGUUGUGUUCGGCGAGCGGAGCCGCACGCCGGUGCCCUGAAUCCAGGAAGAGUCCCCGGCUCUGGCCCCCUCAAGCGGGCCGUCAGGAAGAAGCUGGCCGGGAAGGGAUGGCCUGGUCGGUCUUCCCGUUCCAUAGGACACGGCUCUGCGGUGUUUGAAGGAGGUCGAGUUCGGCUAGAGGCUACAACCGCGGGUCGAGGUGCAGCGAUGGCCGCGUCUCCCACCUCGGCCGGCGGCUACACGGCCCCCGGGCUGUCGAUCAGAAAGAGCGAGGAAAUAGCGGAUUUGAUAGAUUUGUUUUCCAAGAUGCAGUACAGAGCAAAGGAAGCCACUCCUCGGGUGGAGGCAAUAGAGAAGCGCUGCCUGGAGUUAUUCGCCAGAGACUACAAAUACAGUAUCAUCGACAACUCCAAUGGAGAAGUGUGUGGCCAUUACCCCCGGCAGAUCGUUUUCCUGGAGUACCAAUGCACGGAUGUCGAGAAAGACAGGUUUGAGAGCACAGUGCAGAUCGGUAAGCUGCAGGACCUGGUGAACCGGAGUAAACUGGCUCGCUGCAGAGGAAGGUUCGUCUGUCCGGUCAUCCUCUACAACGGCAAGCACAUCUGCCGGUCGUCCACUCUGGCAGGAUGGGGGGAGCUGUACGGACGCACGGGCUACAACUACAUCUUCUCAGGAGGCACUGAAGACACAGAGUCAGAGGAGGUUCUGGAGGACGACAGUGCAGUCAGGAAUGGGGACUCGCAGCUCUUUGACAAGGUCCGAGGCCUCGACAUUAAGCUGCUACGCUACCUCUCGGUCCGCUACAUCUGCGACCUGAUGGUGGAGAACAAGAAGGUUAAGUUUGGCCUAAAUGUGACAUCGUCUGAGAAGGCAGACAAGGUCCAACGCUAUGCAGACUUCACCUUGCUCUCUGUGCCUUACCCAGGGUGUGAGUUUUUUAAGGACUACAAAGACCGAGACUACACAGCGGAAGGUCUGGUGUUCAACUGGAAUCAGGACUUUGUGGACGCUCCUUUGACAAUCCCCACGUGCUUUACUCCAAACCUGAACAUCGACUGGACUCGAUACCAGUCGUGGGACCUGGUGGAGCAGACCCAGAACUACCUGAAGCUGCUGCUCCACAUCAUCAACCGGGAUGAUGAGAGCGGCCUCCUGGUGCACUGCAUAUCAGGCUGGGACCGGACGCCUCUGUUCGUGUCCCUGCUCCGGCUCUCCCUGUGGGCAGACGGCGCCGUGCACGCCAGCCUGGAGCCGGCCGAGAUCCUGUACCUGACCAUCGCUUACGACUGGUUCCUCUUUGGUCACAUGCUGCCAGAUCGACUCUCCAAAGGGGAGGAGAUUUUCUUUUUUUGCUUCAAUUUUUUGAAGCACAUCGUCUCAGAGAAGUUCUCAGCUGUUAAGAAACAGAGGAGGAAGAACUCCCACAUCAGAGACGGUGAUUUCACUGUGGAAGACCUCUGCCAGUUAAAGUCGAGGGAUCGCGGCAGCGUGACCAGCCUGAGCAGUGACUUCUCCCUCAUUGCCGAGGAGGCGGGCGCUGCCUCCAGCCUCACCAACGACGGUGUGGACCUGUUCUCCAGCCUACCCCAGGCCUCCAGCUGGAGGAAAGGCCCUGCCUCCUCUCCUCAGAUGGUGGUGUGCAACAAACAGCACCUGGACGAGCACCUCUCCCAUCCCCUCAGCGAGGCCAGGUCUUCCAGCUCCUCAUCCUCCAACCAGUCGGAACACGCCGCCAUGCGCACCGGUAGCAGCCCGCUGGCCGUCCCCGGGAGGAGGUUGGCAGCAGAUUACACCCGGUCCGGGUCCUCCCUCUCUACCGAGUAUGGGAGCUGGCAGAUAGUUUCGGGUUGUGGCAGCAUCCACGACCACGCCAACUUCCUUGCACCUCUGACCUCGGCCUCCUCCACUUCUUCUUCUGCUGUGGCUGCUGCCUACGACUCCCCGCUGCCCUUCAGCUUUCAGGACGAGGGACCCAGCGGCCGGAUGUGUCCCUUCCCCUCCGAGCGUCAGGCCCGUCUCGAGGCGGUGCGGGAAGUCUUCCUGGCAGCCUACAGCUCCACCGUGGGCCUCAAGUCGUCGGCGCCCAGCCCCUCAGGGGCCAUCUCCGGCCUGCUGGAGCAGUUUGCCCGCGGGGUCGGCCUGCGGGGAACAAACGCCAUCGUCUGAACCCCCCCGAAUGUGACAUCAGACCCUCCUUCCGCUUCCAUCCACCCACCGUCGACACAACAUGCCUGGACUCAGUACAACAAAGUGCCAAACAUAUCUGUUUAGUGCAGCGGUGGAGCAUUCAUUUCUGUUCUUUUUGAUAAUGUUUUUUUGGACGUUCUAUUUUUAUUUUGCCUGUGCUGCUCCACCUUUUCUCCACACUUCAUUUUCAAUGUUUGUCUGUCAAAUUCAGGGAGAGAAAUGUUUUUUCUGCCACAGUAACAAAAAGGGAUGUGAAAGAUGUAAAUGCCUGAGAACCUUUCCCAGGCUCAAUACGAACCCCCCCCCCCCCCCCUGUGCUCUGAAUGAAUGUGCUCCUCAGAGGCCCUGCAGAGACCAGCCCAUCUACACUUAUGUUUCAUGAUGUUAAAUUCAUUACUGAUUGAAAUGGUGCUUUUGGGUCACACAAAUACAGCACUUACUGUUUUCCGACAGAACUAGCACCGUUCAAUCAAGAGCAUCCGUUUCAGAGCUCACAGACUGGGGGUCCAGGCUCAAAGGACCAGGAUGGGUUUUUUAAAGUCUGUCCUAAUGCAAUGCUCGCAUGCCAUGCAGCAAUAGUCCCUCCAUCCAUUUGAAGGGAUUGCGUCAUAAGGAAGGCUCCUCGACCUACAGCCUUCCUCUUUCCCUAGUUUUGUAAUCUGAGGCUUCAGCAGUUUUGUCCUGGUCUUGCAUCAUAUUUUAAAAGGACGUCAAGGUCCCUGGCAGGUUCCCCAUUUGCGUAACAAACUGGUUUGGCUAGUUCUUGUUGGAGUUCUAUCGUGAAGUGUUGGAAACGCAGCUCGGUCACUUUGAACUGCCCUCAUUGACGGUUUAAGGGAAGUUCUGAAAGUGCCGAUCGCAGCUUUUAUUCCAGCUGGUGAGCGCUGUGGGAGGGUGCAGGUUCCUCUGUUCACUUCAACAGAAGUACACAAAGUAGUUGGUGCGAACGGUCUGAAGACCAAAGUGUUUGUGGCUGGGAGAGAAGCCUGUGUGGGAAGGGGGGGGGGGUUACAUAUGGCAUGUGAGGAAGAUGGUCCUUCAAAAACAAGAUCUGAUCCAAUCACUUGACUCGAUCACUCCCAUCUGCAGGGGCCGUUAACCGGAGUGAAGCAACGAGGGUUCGUCUGUCGCCGCGUGCCAUUAAUGAAGUCUCCAUAUCCUCUACUUGAGUCCAUAUCAGGCCACCUCUUCUUCAGCAGCGCUGACAUGGUAGCACAAGGCGCACUGAGCUUCAUGGUAGCACAUGUGUGAAGCGAGGCCCAGCUGGUAUCAGUUUGUUCAAAAACGUGACAUUUCUAUCUGAGCGGCUUUAGCGUAGAUUCACAUUUUUUAAGUAAUUUUCUUAAGCGAAUCAUGUUGAGAGAUUUUAUCUGGAACUGGCUUGUCAGUGUUGCCAAAACGGUUUUGAUGGCUACUGUACCUCAGGACCUUUUGUUGUGCCUUUUUUAAAUCUUCAGUAACACCGGGUCCAAUCUCUCUUUGUCUGGUCGGGUGUUUUUUCAUUUCUUAAAGAGUUGUAAGAGCUUGGGAUGUUUGGAUUGCAUGAGCAGCGUUGGCCUUUCAGUGAAGCUUUUGGGGGUUCCCCCUGUGUCACAUGGUCUCUUUUUGUUGUACAGUAACGUAAAGCUGUCGAGUCUUACAGACCGCAAAGGUUAAUGAGAGCGAUUUUUCAUUUCUGCCUUUAAAAAAGACUGGAAUAGAAUAAGAUCUUACUAAGUGAUUGUCGUAGGAAUUUUAGGGAAGACAUUUGUUCACUGGGAAGAUUAACACAAAUCUGUUCCUGAAGCUGUGGAUCCAUUUGCAGAUUUACAUUUUUGGGUGUCGCAAAAGAAUAGUAGUAUGGAAACAGCUAUAUUUGAUCAAACUUCCUGAAUUGUGGAAGAAAUGGUUUUGCAGUCAUUUGAGAUGAUUUUUGCCUUCCUCUAAA